AUGGCUUCGGGACACAAUGACCCUAAGCUUUUGUACGCCAUCAAUGGUGUCAAGGCCUUCCACAUCACCAACGGCAAGGAGGAGUCUCUUACUCCCGCUGGCCCUCAGACCUUGUCGCUGUUGAUGGUACCAACCUCGUCGCCCUUCUCCUCCGACGGCGGAGAAUCUCCGCCCGAGGACUUCUACCUUCACCUGCACCUGCCUCCCGAGCUCGACCUCCCUCUUCCUGCCACCACCCAGAUCUACCACCAGCCGCCGACGAGCUACCUGAUUCCUAGAUGGGACUUGGGUCCGGACAGCGGCGCCUUCACCCGCAUCCAGUUCCCAGACACUGGCAGCAGAAAGGGAUUGCAGGAAGACGUGGAUACCUUUGAAACGAUCCUUGCGCAGUGUACUGCCUUCCUCGAGCGCGCCCCGCCGCCCAAGACUACCUCCUCCAAGUCCAAGGCGGCUGCCGCCGCCGCCGCCGCCGCUUACCCCUAUGACGACCCCGUCUCCGACAACUUCACCUCAAAGUCCAGAGCUGCUGCCGCCGACGGUCUUCCCGCUUACAACCCAGCCGAUUACCAGCCUGGACAGGGCUACGCACAGGGGGCCCACAGCUCGUCCAACAACGGUGGCAGGAUCGUACUCAUCGACGAGGAGGAUGGCAGUGUCAUUGGCGAGCUGACGGACAACUACCAAGUGAACGAGGAACUGGGCGUCAGACCUGGCACGAAAGAUCCGGUGGAGAUCACACUCCCUGCCGACAACAGCCAAGCCAUUACCGUCCAGCCCUUAUCGCAGGAAUACCGCGAGAUGAUCAUGCACCCUUCGUACAAGAAAUCCUUUCUAGUCUCCAAUGCCUCCAAGGCGUCGCGCCUCAUCGUGACAUCGUCCGACUUGGUCACCAAGGGCCUGCAGUCCUCGGCUGACAGCUUCUCCAAGAAGACGAAGCCGACGAACGAGCCCGUGACAUUCACGCCUGCGGCGCACGACCGCAUCCGUCGCAUAAACCAAUUCUCUACCAAGGCGGCCGGUUUGUCAGCGACUACGGUUGGCGCCGUGGGCAAAGUUGCCCAGAACCUGGGCGCUACCCUGACUAGGAAGAAGGACGGCGGCGGAAGAGGCUACGACAGGGACGGCAACCCUAUUGAGGGUUACAAGCCUGGUCUGUUGAACAGAAGCUUGAUGGCGUUCAACACCGUCGCAGACGGUAUCGAUCAAGCCGGUCGCAACCUGCUGACUGGCACCUCUUCUAGCGUGUCCCAGAUGGUAGAGCACCGCUGGGGCGCCGAGGCUGGCCAAGUGUCGCGGCACAUCGGCGGUGGGUUCAAAAAUGUCGGUCUGGUCUAUAUCGAUGUGACGGGUGUUUCUCGCAGGGCCAUCUUGAAGAGCGUGGCCAAGGGCAUGGUCGUUGGUAAGGUCAAAGGUGGCGGACAGAUCAUUGUUGGAGGCGGUGAUGGCGGCUCUGUCGCCCUCGCUGAAGACGCCAAGACCCGGAGGGACGACCAGAGCGACACGGCCAGCUUGUACACGGCAUACGAAGGCAAUGGCAAACAGCCAACUGGAACGCGACCAUGA